UAUAAACAAUAUGGCGGACAUGGACCCGAAAAACAUGGAUAAGUUUCUUGACAAAGUUGAUGAGAUUGAGGCAAUAGUGAAGGGUUUGAGAGCUGAAAAUGAGGAAGAAGUCAAAGUGUCUAUGGACAAGGCAGAUGAAUUGAUAGCCAAGGCGGAGGCAGCAAAAAAAGAUUCCACUGUUGCUGUGUAUGAUGAUGACAAAGACCUUCCAGAGACUAGAACCGGCUUCAGUAAGACAUGCAUCAACAAAAGCUCUGCCCCUGAUGAGAUGCCAGGACAAAAUGACCCCAAUUAUGAUGGCAUGGAUAAUGUGGGUUUUAUGAAGGCUGUAGAAGCAGAUGCUAAGGAGAGAGCAAAGCGUAGAAAUGAGAGGAUGAAGGUUGCUGAAGGUUACAAAGAGAAAGGCAAUGUGGAAUUCAGGGGAGGAAACUAUGAAAAGGCCCUUGAGUGGUAUACACAGGCUUUAAGGGAGGUUAAAGACCACUCUGUAUUGUACACAAACAGAGCACAAACUUACAUCAAACUGGGCAAAUAUCCCGAAGCAAUUAUUGACUGUGAAUGGGCUCUCAGGGUGUUUCCAAAUUGUAUCAAAGCUCAUAUCCAUAAGGGCCGAGCACAUCUAUGUCUUAAGGAAUUCAAGGAGGCCAGGGAAUGCUACAACAAGGCUCUAACCUGUGACCCAAAGAAAGAAGCUCUUAUAAAAGAUUAUUUAGCUGAAGUAGAUCGCGCAGAGCUUGCAGAGACACAAGAAAAAGAUGCAGAAGAGGUGUUCAAGGAGGGUAACUCUGAGAACCUUAAUGUUGUUGAUGUAUUGACAAAGGUCCAGAGAGCUGAGCAGCUGCCUGUUUACUACAGUGGGGGAUACAGGGUACUGAAGUCUCUCCUGAGCUCUACCUCAGACAGGACAUUGUUCAGAACAAAAGGAGGGUUAGAUAUGUUGACCACAUUAGCAACAUUACACAACUGUAUCUCAGCGUCACCAAAGAGCCUGUCUGGAGAGGAAUUAGAUAUGCUGACUUCAGCAUUUAUGUUAUAUACAGAGGCUUGUAGAGAUAAUGAGAAAAGUACAGAGUUAGUUUUACAGACAGAGGGGCUACCUAGUUACUGUAUUCGAUUUCUGGAUGUGAAAAUGAAAGGUCAAGGAAAGAUUCUUCAAGUUGCCAUAAUGGAUUUUUUGUUCACUUUGUCCCAGUUACAGAUUGGACAAAAAACAAUAAUGGAGACAUUUGACGUGCCAAAGCUUAUAGCUGUGAUAUUUAAUUUAAUUGGAACAAAAGGUCCCAUUGCCAAAGAUGCUGCUAAUCUUCUAAACAACUUAGCUCUGGAGAAAAAAUUUAAAUCCAUGAUUAGAGACAAAGUAGAAGCAACAUUGGCACCUGCAUUUGAACAGUUAUUGGAAAAUUCUAGUCCAUCUGUAGCAUUACCAAGAUGUAUAACCAUGGUAAUGAACUUAACAACAGAUCCUUUAAUCAGGUCAAAGUUGAUGAAGAGGAACCAGCUCUGGAAGGCAAGCUGUAGUGUUCUGGAUACUCAUAGAACAAAAUUAAGUGAAGAACUAAGUGCAGAGAUAGUGGAGAGUGUUAUAGGAUUGCUGCUUAACAUUACCACUGAACAGUCAGAAUGUGUGAGAACUCAGGGCACCACAAUUUGUGAUAGCUGUCUAGCAAUUUUGCACGAGAGCUCGUGCAAUGAGGUAAUCAGACAGCGUGUUGUAGGUCUGCUUAGUCACGUGUUACCUUACUGCGUACCAGCUGUAGAUAAUGUCGUGAAAAAAGGAGGCACAGAGAUAUUUAUGGAGUUUAUAAAGGAAGAAGAGUCCAGUUAUGUCAAAUCAGCAUUAAAGGCACUCACAGCUUUGACGCAAAUAAAUGAAGAGGCAAGGAAAUAUAUAGUAAGCAAUAAAGGUCUUGGAAAGCUUAUAAAACAUUUGAAAUCUAGUGAUGAAGUUGUGGUCGGUAAUGCCGCACUAUGUCUCAGCCACUGCACACAGGUCCCGAAAAUGUGUUCAGCUCUUACGAAAACUGACAUUAUAAAAGAGCUACUGGUGUUGGCAAGGGAUGGGAAAAGGCCAGCUGUACAACAGAACUGUGCAAUACUGAUAGCUAAACUGGCUCAGGGGGAUUCUAAGCAUUUGGAAAGACUUCGAGAACUACAUGGUAUAGAGAUUCUUCAUUCAUGUAUGAAAUACGUCAAAUGAGGGAUUCACAGUGUGUGAAGACGAAUUGUGUGUAUGAACUACAUGGUUUUGAAUAUGUACAUUGCCAUUGGUAAAUUAAGUACAUCUGGUGUAUAAAGUUGGCAUAUAUAUUGCAAAAACCUGAACACCGUUUUAUACCAAUGUCAAGAAAGCUAAGAAUGUAUAGGGUUGUACUCUAGUAAAUAUGAUGCAUAUAAAAUACAAUGCAAGUAAGAACAUAUGGAGUAUGUGAAAGAAUAAGAAAAACAGAACAAAUGUUAUGUAAGUUGAAUGGUGGAUAAAUAGGAAUUCAGUUAAUGCGUGUUGUAUAGAGAGACAGGGGAUUAAAAUUUUACAUAAGUGGAGAAGUUGUAUAAAAUAUAAGUAUUAUGUUGUUGUGUAGAAGUUGUACAUUGGUGCACUAAGUGCAUUAACCUUCAGCCUGCUGUUGGCAAGUGAUUCUGCCUUUGUGACCAGUGCAGACCAAAAUCAGCCUGUGAUCUGUGAAAUUAUUUCAUUUUAUUAGCUCAUCUGAUUUUUUGAAAAAAAAUGAUGAGUUAUUGUCAUCACUUGAGCGGUUGUCGGCGUCGGCGUCUGCGUCGGCGUUGCCUGGUUAAGUUUUAUGUUUAGGUCAGCUUUUCUCCUAAACUAUCAAAGCUAUUGCUUUGAAACUUGGAAUACUUGUUCACCAUCAUAAACUGACCCUGUAUAGCAAGAAACAUAACUCCAUCUUGCUUUUUGCAAGAUUUAUGGCCCCUUUUGUACUUAGAAAAUAUCAGAUUUCUUGGUUAAGUUUUAUGUUUAGGUCAACUUUUCUCCUAAACUAUCAAAGCUAUUGCUUUGAAACUUGGAAUACUUGUUCACCAUCAUAAGCUGACCCUGUACAUCAAGAAACAUAACUCCAUUAUGCUUUUUGCAAGAUUUAUGGCCCCUUUUGGACUUAAAAAAUCAGUUUUCUUGGUUAAGUUUUAUGUUUAGGUCAGCUUUUAUCCUAAACUAUCAAAGCUAUUGCUUUAAAACUUGCAACACUUGUUCACCAUCAUAAGUUGACCCUGUACAGCAAGAAACAUAACUCCGUCCUGCUUUUUGCAAGAUUUAUGGCCCCUUUUGGACUUAAAAAAUAUCAGAUUUCUUGGUUAAGUUUUAUGUUUAGGUCAACUUUUUCUCUUAAACUAUCAAAGCUAUUGCUUUGAAACUUGCAACACUUGUUCACCAUCAUAAGCUGACCCUGUACAGCAAGCAACAUAACUCCAUCCUGCUUUUUGCAAUAAUUAUUGCCCCUUUUGGACUUAGAAAAUCAUUUUCUUGGUUGUGUAUUAUGUUUAAGUCAACUUUUCUCAUAAACUAUCAAAGCUAUUGCUUUAAAACUUGCAACAGUUUUUCACCAUCAUAAGUGGACACUGUACAUCAAGAAACAUAACUCUAUCCUGCUUUUUGCAAGAAUGAUGGCCCUUUUUAGACUUAGAAAAUCAUGGGUAGGACAAUAUUUCUAUUACACAAAAAAAAAUCAGAUGAGCGUCAGCACCCGCAAGGCGGUGCUCUUGUAUGGACAUGAUUUUUUGUAAUUUUGUACAAAACGGCUAUUAUAUGAACUGCAUGUUUUGAAGAUAAAAUCAGUGAUAAUUUUAUUUGUUCGCUAGUAUUUAAUUUUGUUAUCAGUCAAUUUAAGCAUUUGUUGAGGUAUUUUAAGGUAGUUCGGAUGAAUUGGUGGAGUUUUCAUGGACCUAAAGAUGAUCUACAAGUAUUCAUAUAGAUGAAAAAGUUCAAGAUAAUCUGAUGUUUACAUAAAACACUAUUAACUGUAUAUGCACAGUUACUGAUUAUAUGUGUUUGAAAAGAAAGAAGUUAACAGCAAAUUACAAA